CUUCUCCGUGACGCUGGUGGCUACCGUGAUUGGCCAUCGGGGCGUGGCAUCUUCCAUAACUCCGCGAAGACCUUCCUUGUUUGGGUUUGCGAGGAGGAUCAUAUCCGUAUUAUCUCGAUGCAAAAGGGGGGCAAUUUGCUUGCAGUUUACAAACGAUUAAUUCAAGGUAUCAAAGCAAUUGAGGAGAAAAUGAAAUUUGCGCACAGUACAAAAUACGGUUACUUGACUUGCUGUCCUUCAAACCUGGGUACCACAAUGCGUGCAAGCGUACAUGUUCGUGUACCUAAAUUAAGUGCGAAUAAGGAGAAGUUCCAGGAAGUCUGUAGCAAGUUCAACCUCCAGGCUCGAGGUUUUCAUGGUGAGCACACCGAAUCUCCCGAUGGCAUCUACGACAUCAGCAACAAACGCCGCUUAGGUUUGACUGAGCUAGAGGCGGCAACCGAAAUGGGCAAGGGUGUGGCCGAAAUCAUCAAGAUAGAAUCUUCAAUGUGA